AUGGGUGCCAAAGUGCCGCGAAAUUUCCGGCUCCUGGAAGAGUUGGAGAAGGGCGAGAAAGGCCUCGGUGCAGAGGCUUGCUCAUAUGGGUUGGCCGAUAGUGAUGACUUGAUGAUGACCAAUUGGAACGGCACCAUCCUUGGACCUCCUCACAGCGUCCACGAGAAUCGCAUCUACAGCGUCAACAUCCAUUGCGGCGAACAGUAUCCUGACCUCCCACCUACCAUCCAGUUCGUGUCGAGGGUGAAUCUGCCAUGUGUCGAUCAAAAGACGGGGAAGGUGAGGAUAAAUACCAUGAAAGGCACACCGUCAACUCUAACCCUUGCGGAUAAGGUUGAUCCAUCGAAGCUGCCUUGCUUGGCGAAUUGGAAACGAGACUACACCAUGGAGACAAUUUUGAUCGAGCUUAGAAGAAACUUCCGCAACCCCAAGAAGGCACCACUUUCUAAGAUGUGCAAUAUGGGCAUGGUCGCCAACGGUCUACAGGCCGGCCAUGACGCCCUCUCGCUCCUUCGCGCAUGCGCCGCUAAAUCGGGCAAUGCCUUACACAAGCUGAGCCAAACCCUCGAGCAUGUGGCUCAACAAGCCGAAUCUAUAUCGAAACACCGCGCCGAACUCGCUUCGCGAUGGAAACCGCCUCCACCCCAGCGGCAUGCUCAUCUGGAGAACCUGCGCCGCGUGGCUGACAAGGCAAACCACCUCUCCACUCCUGACAACCCACGCAUUUUUCAGCACCCGAGACCGAUAUCUGAAGUGAAAUCAGGUGUCCGCAAAGUGCCCAACCUGAUGUUGACCCAGGGAAUUCCCCUUCUGAAAUAUCCAGGCCCGACGCCGGUGCUGAUGAAUCGAGUGUUGAAGAAUAAGCUGCAGUGGGGUGUUCGGAAGUGGGCACAGCACCUGGACCUCGCAGCAACGAUUCAGGUCGCUGAAUGGGAAGACGAGUGGGAUGGCAUCCUCGCCCGAGAGCAGGGCAUUGCAGAGUCACCGGAGAUUGUUACCACGAACGCUCAGCCAGAAAAGCAGGGAGAAGAGACGCAAAUGGACCACAAUCAACCCUCGUCGAGUGUCAGCAUCCAAUUUGUCGGACUAAACCGCUACAACGUCAGAGAGAAGAGAGACCAAGACCGGCAACUCCCCUCUGACAGUCCCGCCGCUCCGAAGGUUUCGUGGACACUGGCGCUCCGCCAAGUUGACCGACAACUCGAGCAGGCCGUUCAGGCGCGUGGACGUCAGUACGCGGAGCUCGGAGACAAGUACUGGCAGGUGGUGGUGAAAGAGAGAGAGCUGAGGGAAAAGGAGAGGAGGGAGAGGAAACAUGCCAGGAGGAUGGCACGGAAAAGGGUGACAGAUGUUUCCAAGACUGACGGGGACAACGAGCCUGUGAGCAGCGUGUCUUCUGGCUUCAUAUAG